AUGAGGAAAACAGUGUCAUUAUUAGUGUCUAACUCUGUGACAACUGGUAGGGUUAUGCUUUUUAUUUUUUUGCAAUUAUAUUGUAGAUUAUUAAAAUACAAAUAUUACAUUUGUUUUUUUUUUCUAUUCUACUCUUCUUCUUUUUUCCCUCUUUUUUCAGCAUCGUUCUCUGGUACUACUUCAACAUCAUCAUCAUCUGAUAUGACUGCAACUGCAGUGACAUCUGGUACUACUACAAUUGCCUCACCAUCUGAUACUACUACAACUGCAUUGACAUUUGGUAGUGCUACUACAAUUGCGCUGACAUCUGGUACUACUACAAUUGCAUCGUCAUCUGGUACUACUACAACUGCAUCGUUAUCUGUUACUACAACAGUUGAAAAAUUAGAACAUUCAAUGGGUAAACAGAAUUUGAUCAUAUUACAUUUGUGUUUUAUAGAUAAAGAUAUAGCAUUUUACUUUCAAAAAAAGGGUGUAUUCUAUGGGCUUAUAUUUCAACAACUUAGUAAGUUACUAUAUUGUUCUUGUGGAUUGUUUCUUUAG